AUGUCCGACUCCACUCUUCUCCCAACUGUUGAUCCAAUUGCUGUUGAGUCAGCCGCUCCUAAAUCAAAUUUAAUUUCUCAAGAAUCAGCUGCAGCUCAAUCUCAAUUUCUCACAGUUGCUUACAAUCCAGCUGCUCAUCCUCGACAAAUUUCUUUAUUAGAUACAAAUGGUCAACCAGUUCAGUAUACAUUAAUACCAUCAAAUCAACACAUUUCACUACAAAGUGCUCCGCAGCUGCAAUCAUAUAAUAUGGCUGCUAUGCCGAUGAAUGUCCCACCUCAUGCGAAUGCAUGUUCUGUUUGUGGUAGCCCUGCUGUUGAUAAAUGCAGUUAUGGAAUAUCUUAUGGAAGACCUUGUAGUCGUUUAUUAUGUUUGUCGCAUAUAAUGGAAUUACCAGGAGUACGUGGUGGAAGAUAUCCACAUUGUCCAGAACAUUAUCAACAAAUUCAACAAAAUAAACUUUGUAAUGUUAUGUAA